CUAAGGAGUCCUUCUCACCCUCCCCCUUUAGUUCAUUCAUCCUACGGCCUCCAUGAUAGUAUAGUGGUAACGUGUGGGCCUCUCAUCCGAGGGGUCGACGAGAAGCAGCCGGGCGUUCUUCACAAUCAGGCACAGCUUCGCAUACCGGACCUAUCCUCGUGAGACACCAAGUCGAGGAUUCCAUCUGUGCUUGAACCUACGGCUCCUUCUAUGAUAGCGUAGCCUAAGUACAAGUGCAAAUAUCAAGAAUAAAGGAGCAGCUGGCCGAGACGUAGUUAUUAUACGGUGACAGACAGUAAUGUGUACCAUUCAGCUUAAACUAUUAGCAAGGACAGACAGUUCUGUUACAACUCCCGCCACCUGUUGUACCGAUUCAAAGCAACGGAGGUUCGCGCCGCGCCAAAUUAUUUGCUAAAAAUAGACUGUGCGGUCAUACCACGUAGUGCCGUCGGAUACCACGUUCCAGAUACACAAUACCCUCUCUGAUGGUAUGUGAUGCUGGAAAGCGUUGUGCAAUGUACUUCAGGGGACCCAAAUCCCGGCGGCAAAUCUGGGUGGUUCUUUGCAUGUUCAUGACCGGGUCGUUGCUGCCGUGGUCGGCGGUCACCGACGGGCGGGCGCCGGCGUCACGGGAGCUGGAUCUGAAGAGGAUCUUGUUCGCGGGGGAGGUCGACCGCCACGCGACAACCCAUGUGCUCCUCUGGACGCAGAUGCGUUCGGGCUCGUCCUUCACCGGGGAUCUCCUGACGGCGUCGCCUCACACAUUCUACACGGAGGAGCCUCUUAGAGGAAGCAAACUCAGCGGCAUGGCUGAGUCCGUCGCGUUCCUGAAGGACAUCUUGCAGUGUCGCUUCAGCGAGCAGCCGAGGUUCCUGAACAAGUGGCUGAACGGAGUGAACGGCCACGACUACCGGACCAAGCUGCUGUGCCCGGAGUUCCCCGGCGUGUGCAAGGGCCCGAGCCUCGUGGAGGCGAUGUGCCGGGCCGCCCGGGCGAGGGUCGUGCGGGUCGUGUCGGGGGAGCUGGGAGUGGCGGCCGCGCUGCUGGAGGACGGCGGCCUCAGCGCGCGGGUGAUCCACCUGGUGCGGGACCCGCGCGCUCUCCUCGCGUCGCGGGAGCGCUUCAGGAACGGCACCCACGGCAAGUACUUGCUAGCGGCCGGCAUGGGAUUCCGCCAGGAGGAGAAGGACCCGUCGGCCGUGUGCGCCAGAUACCGCCGGGACAUGGCGGCCAGAUCGUCCUUCGUGCGCCUUUACCCAGACAGGUACGUGUUGGUCCGGUACGAAGACCUCGCCCUCGACGCCGAGCGGGUGAUGCGGCGCCUGUACCCCUUCAUGCGGCUGCCCUACACGGCGGCCGUUGCCAGCACGGUCGCCUUCCACACCUUACGCCUGGAGGAGGAGGACCACCCUUAUAGCACCAUCAAGAACUCGAAGUCGACUGUGUUCGCGUGGCGCCAGCACCUCCCCUUCCGAGACAUGGAGAGGAUCCAGAGGGAGUGCGGGGACGUCCUCGAGGCUUAUGGCUACAGGAGUUUCCACACGCCAAGGGAGUACGGGGAUCUGAAGGUGUCUCCGCUGUCUCUGACAGAGGAGGAGGUGAAUCGAUAGGAACUCGUUGUCUCAUUUGGAAAGUGCUGCCGUUUCGUAUGUAUUUUUUUCGGGUGUGUUUUUGGGUAGUAUUCCUAUCAUACUAGUUGCUUGGCGGACAUCGUUUCAAGAUCCCCUUUUGACACACCGUGAAUUGAGGUCGUGUAUCUAGCUAAGCCAACUGAAACGCAGCGACAAUAGACACGAAAGAUUUCUUUAACUUCCCUGUUGUGGCUACGUACUCUCUUCAAAUAUGUGUAUACGUAAUAACUGUGUCUUUUAUCUGUGCUUUAGUCGAGCCAAGUCCUGGGGCCAGAUUCUCAAACGUGUUAAGGCGCCUUAACUUACGGCCGAGCGAUCUUACAUACACAUACACAGAGCAAGGGACCCGCCAUAUCGGUGCGAGUUAAGGCACCGUAGGGUAUUAAGGCAGGGGGAGAGCAGCCUUAGCGCUUCACGGCGGGCGGGAAAUCAACUCUGCGCUCUCAUACAAGGGUAAUACAGCGCGCCUUAACUUAGGGCUCUUCUGAGAAUCCGGCCCCUGAACCCCUUGGGGCGACCAUUGCAGUGUAGCGGAAUCGACCUCAAGAGAAGCUGGUUCUGCAGAAGUCAUUUCCAUUGUUCUUCCUCCAUCGAGUUGCCGGUUGGAUAAGCCACGCUGUUUAGUCGCGCUUGCGUUGCUUCCGGUUUAGGAUGUAAGGCCCUUUUCCUCCCUCUGGUCAAUCAUGAUCAAAUUCCAUUACUGAAUUAUCCUCUUUAUUGGUGUUAGAUUUGCUUCAUGUCUUCUUAGUCAGUAUGGGAGUUGCUGGCAGUAGGUUUAUAUAACAAUGUACCAAAAAUGCUAAGAAAUGAUUCGAUAAACUUUA